UCUCACUGAAAAAUAAUACUCACAGAAAUAUUAUUUCUGCUCUCUCUUGUUCUCCCUUUUUUUCUUUCUGUUUGGUGCAUUUCCAUCUGCUGAAACCCCCUCUAUUUAUAGAGAGGAAAUGCCAUGUGAACAAAGAAAAAAAAUCCGGCUGCACCUUCCUCAAUUUUUCUUCAUUGUAGGCGUGUGACAAUUUUUCUUCUUUCCAUAAUGGUGGCUAAGCCCACCAAUUUUGACUUUUCCUUUUGAUGCUGGAUACUACAUUUAUGAAGGUCUUCGAUCAAGCUGUCCGCGAAAUAAAAAGGGAGGUGAAUUUGAAGGUGUUGAAGAUUCCGGAGAUUGAACAGAAGCACGGCUCAGUUGAUAGUCAUGAAAAUCGCCAUUCAGGUUCUGGAUGCAACGGACGAUGAACCUUGGGGUCCUCAUGGCACAGUAUUAGCAGAGAUAGCAGGGGCCACAAAGAAAUUCAACGAAUGUCAGAUAGUUAUGGAUGUCCUUUGGACAAGAUUGACUGAGACUGGGAGGAAUUGGCGUUUUGUCUACAAGGCAUUGACUGUUAUAGAGUAUCUGGUGGCAAACGGAUCUGAACGUGCUCUUGACGACGUCAUAGAACACACUUUCCAGAUAUCGUCCCUUACAAGUUUCGAGUAUGUCGAGCCAAGUGGAAAGGAUGUGGGACUUAAUGUGAGAAAAAAGGCUGAAACCAUAGUUCGUCUCCUAAAUGACAAAGACAAGAUACAACAAGUACGUGAUAAAGCUGCUGCAAAUCGCGAAAAGUACUUUGGGGUCUCAUCAUCUGAAAUAACAUACAAGUCUGGUGCAGCUUCAUUCAGUAGCAGUAACUUUAGGAAUAGUGACCGAUAUGGAGGUUUUGGAAACAGUGAUACAUCUUAUGAUAGUUAUAAGGGCAAGUCUCAAUUUGGUGAAGAUAUAUACGAGAAGAAAACCAAGUCAGAAAAAGAGCCUUCUUACUAUAGCAGCAAGAAACAAGACUCAACAAAAACAGGCCAGUUGGAUAAAAACGAUUCAGUUUCCUCGAAAGCUGACCCAUCAGACAAAUAUGAUGAAGAUUUUGAUGAUUUUGAUCCACGGGGGACUUCGAGUUCUAAACCUUCUGCUGGAAGUUACCAGGUGGAUCUUUUUGGGGAAAAUUUUGUUGAUCUAUUGGAUGCACCAGUAUCUGUUUCAACAGAUAAGUCUACUUCUUUGCACAAGGAUCCAUCAGAGGUUGAUUUAUUUGCAAAUGCAGAUUUUGUGUCAGCAACACCCGAACCCGAACCAGGGAAAAUCCCCAUGCCUGUGACCAAUAUUGAUCUAUUUGCUAACCAGCCUGUUUCAGCUGUUCCUUCUAAUGUAGACUUUUUCUCCAUGCCCGAACCAGUUAACCAGCUCGACAAUGAGCCUUCUAAACCUGAUACAACUACUAAUACACUCGACCCAUUUGCUCCAGUUCCUCACAACGAUUUUGACAGGCCCACCUCGUUGGGCCCAAUCACUUCUCAAAUGGAUCCUCUAUCGACAGCGUUCAACAAAAAUCCUCCUAAUGACGAAAGUCGCGGGGAAAUUAACGAGUCUUUGCCCGAGGCCAAGUCUCCACCUAAAAAGGCAUUCCAAUGUUAUGUUACUCGUAAAGAAGUAAUCGAAGCUUGGGAAGGAGAACUACAGUUUGCGAAGAAGGUGAACUUAGCAGAUGUUGGGAUUGUUGGGGGGUUGACUGAUGGAUCAGAGGGAAAGGACAAGGGAUCUUUGCCUUCGUUUUACACAGGUAGUGCAAUGGGUGUUGUCUCUGGAGCUGGUAAAUCGGCCUUCGUAUCGACAUCAACUUCAACUUCAUCAACGAACGAUGAUUUUUUCUCGGGCCUAAGCAGCCAACAAUACCGAUAUGGAGGAUUUCAGAAAUGAGACUACUCCACCUUUUCUUAAACUGCAUUGCAUUUUUUCUCUUUUUUUACUUGUGAAUUUUGAUACGUGUGAGUUUCUUUUAUUAGUAAUUAUACUUGAUAGGGAGGAUUUGAGUAUUUUAUGACUAUAAUAUGCAAGUACCUCAAAUGUGAAAACUGAAAAGUUUAAUGAAUUGAGUAGUCGCAUGUUUAAGAGUUGUCGUUCACUCGAAGAAUACUAUGGACCAUUUAUAUGAAAAGUUAAAUGAAUUGAGUAGUCUCAUGUUGUUUAAGAGUUCUCG